CGUUCACAAGACUCACACCCAGGUUGCGCUACUACUUUGCCGCCAUACCCAUUUCACUACAGCAAAAGCGAACUUUGACGACUACAAUGACUCCAGUAACCAACGGCAAGGUCGGGAAGAGCUCGAAAAUGCAUUCAAAAGUUGUCAUCAUCGGCUCCGGCCCAGCUGGGCAUACUGCCGCCAUCUACCUUGCCAGGGCCAACCUGAGCCCGGUGUUAUUCGAGGGUUUCAUGGCCAACGGAUUUGCUGCAGGAGGGCAGCUCACCACGACGACCGAUGUGGAGAACUUUCCCGGUUUCCCAACGGGCAUAUUAGGUCCUGAGCUCAUGGAUAAAUUCCGCGAGCAGUCGGUCAGAUUUGGUACCAACAUCAUCACCGAGACCGUAUCCAAGAUUGACUUGUCUGCACGGCCGUUCCGGUACUGGAGAGAAAUGCAGGAGGAUGAGGAACCUGAAACGACAGACACGGUCAUCAUCGCUACCGGUGCCAGCGCGAAACGUCUUGGCCUCAGGGGCGAGUCUACAUACUGGCAAAGUGGUAUCAGUGCCUGCGCUGUCUGCGAUGGUGCCGUUCCUAUAUUCCGGUCAGUUUAUUGGAUGUUUUGGACUUCGCUGCCUAAUCCCCGCUUGGAAUCUAGGAACAAACCUCUUGCUGUCAUCGGCGGCGGUGAUUCAGCAGCAGAAGAAGCAACUUAUCUUACAAAGUAUGGGUCUCAUGUGUAUGUACUUGUCCGCCGCGAUGAGCUCCGUGCAUCCAAGAUAAUGGCAAAACGUCUUUUGAACAAUCCAAAAGUGACCGUACUCUGGAACACCGUUGCCGUUGAAUGCCAAGGUGAUGGCGACCUGUUGAACAACCUGCGCAUCAAGAACGUCUUGACGAACGAAGAGAAGGAUCUGCCCGUUAACGGCCUGUUCUACGCCAUUGGCCACGAACCAGCCACGUCGAUCUUUCGUUCCCAGCUCCAAACUGACCACGAUGGCUACAUUAUCACCGUGCCCGGAACCACACAGACCUCCGUGAAGGGUGUCUUUGCUGCUGGUGACGUGCAAGACAAACGAUACAGGCAGGCCAUCACCAGCGCUGGUAGCGGAUGCAUGGCUGCUCUUGAAGUGGAGAAAUUAAUCUCGGAAGAAGAAGAGUUUGGAGAGUAAUUGACUCGGAGGACGAUCGAUAUAGAUAUGCUACCAUUUGUACUUUUUACCAGGGUCAUAGAAUUCCAUUACUGUUAUGUAUCCUCUCUGGCACUGAUUCUCUUUGUUACGCUUCGCGUAGGC